GACACGCAGCCUGUCCAAAGCAGGGCCAGAUGCGUUGACUUGGAGCUCGGAAACAUGCUACGGGCGACCUCUUCUCAUAGGAACCUCGGUUACUUUCCCUCUUUUGGUUAAUCGUCCUUCCCGUAUCGUCUCUAUGGCCGUUCACAAAGUCCUGGCGCUAAUCGUAUUGCUCAUCGCAGAACUUCAGAGUGAAAAAAUUCUCUCGGAAAAGAAAAAAUGCGGAGAUCCCCAGUGUGAAAGCUUGAUGAUCAGGACGCUAGCUAUUCGAGACUACCAAGGACCCGACUGCAGAUACUUACGCUUUAAAGCAGGAGAAGAGAUCAAUGUGUAUUACAAACUAUCUGGAAGAAGAGAUGAUCUUUGGCAGGGGAGCACAGGAAAGGCGUAUGGCUUUUUCUCGAAAGAUGCCGUGAAGAUCGAAGAAGUUUUUCUGACCAAGGAGUACGAGGUCCCCGCGCAGGAAAUUGAUUUCAUAUGCCUGGACGGGGGCGAAUACGUGUUUGAAAAUGAAGACAGCGUACUCCAUAAAUCUACCGAAGAUACCGAAGAAAUGGAUUUGGGGGGGACAGGACACGAGGCAAUAAGGCAUCAAGAUGGAAUUGUCACCGGAAAGUUAGAGGCCGACGAAAAUUCUCCAGACAAACCAGCAUGGGCUCCUUCUGGUAUCGCAAGCUGGUUUGGCUUGGGACAAAAACAUGAGAAGGAAGCUAAGGAAGUCGGUGAAGAACAACUACAAGAGGAUGCUGUCCGGGCGACAGAAAUGGAAGAGGUGAAAAAGGAAAAUGAAUUCAAGGACUCAGAUGAAGUGCAGGUGGAAAAAUCUGGUUGGUUUGGUGGCAGAAUAAGAAAGUUCCUGCCUUUUGGAGAAAAAGAAGCAGCAGCUGACCCAACGCCGAAGGACGGUGACUCCGUCCAAUCUAGUGACACAUUGGAAGAUGUUCACUCGGAUCCAGAAAAUGAUUUGAGAGACAUCGAUAUGGGUGCUGAGGAACCAGAAACAAAAGCUAGAGAACCGGAUGAUUCUCAGGCGAAAUGGUUUAGCUUCGGAAUGAAAAAUGUUUUAGGGUUUGCAAAUAAAAAUGAGGCGAAGAAACAAGAAGAUCUUCAAGAUGCAGACGAAGCAAGUAAAGACAACUCGGCGGAAAAUCCCUUAAAUCCAAGUCAAGAUGACUCUUCGACUCUGGGUGUAUCAAGUGGGGCUGGAGAUGGUCCUUCUGGUGGUGAAGUCCACGAGGACCUCACCAGCCACCAUAUUGAAUUAAACCAAGAUCAGUUAUUGGAGGAUAUACCCGUACGUGAGAAAUCUGAGAGUCCUCCUGAUGAUCCAGAACCUUCCCCAGGUUAUACGGAUUUAGCAUCACAAGAAACUGAGGCGCAAACUCUAAGGAGCAGUCCAGAAACUCCAAAUAUGUUACCAGAUGAAAAUAAAUCACAGCCGCCCAGUGAUAAAAGCGAGCACACGGAGCCCAAAUCAUCAAGUGGAAAUAUGGACUCUAUACAGCAAAGGAGGAAGUUGGAGGUUAACGAGGAUCCGUCAUCUGAAUCUAGUUUAAGGUGGCUUACCGGUAUUAUUCAUUUUUGGGAAACUACAUAUUCAACUUUUUUGGUCGCCUACUCCAGCUAUGUCAGCCCUGCCUUACAGGCAGUAAAGAUGUUCCUCAACAAGGUCGCAUCGACGUUACCCGAGGACCUUCAGCCCGGUCCCGAUUUCUAUGGCUGCCCCUGGGAAGUAGUGAUAUUUACGACCCUGCUGGGAUUUUUCACAACUCUUAUGUUUACGUGUAGAGCUGUAAGAUCCAUUAAAAGCAGGUGCUAUUCAAAGAGAGAACACAAUCUUUCUGAUAAGAUUGUUGAGGCUUUGAAAGAAAAAAGUGAAGUUCUAGAGAAACUCAGCAUUGUCCAGAAACAGUAUGAAGAAGUCCAGGAAUCCUUACAAGACUCCGACCAGCAGAAGCUGCUCACAGAGAUUUCUGAUAAUACGGCAUUGUCGGAAGAACUUCAAAAUUCCAACUCUGCGAUGGAAGAGAAAAUCGAUAAACUGCAACAGGAGCUGGAAGACGAGAAGAAGCUGGGCUGUGAGCUCCAUGACGCGCUCGCCGGGUUAAAUGACAGAAUCAGAGCUUUGGAAGACAAUUUCAAGAAAGAAAAAUCACAGAAGGAAGAGACACGAACAACACUGAAAGUAUUUGAAAUCAAUCAGAAAAGACUCGAAACCUCCUUUCAAGACUCGGUAGAAGAAAGAUUGCGCCUUGAGGAAAGCGUUAAACAGCUUUCCAGAGAAGCAGAAGGAUGGGAAGAGAGAUUCUCUGAGCUUUAUGAGAAUUCCAAGAUGCUGACGUCUUCCGUGGACGGGAUGCAGGAGGAGCUGAGCAGUAAGCACGGCCAGAUCAAAUCGCUGAUUGAUAAUUUGCUAAACAUGAAGGAUUGGAGCUCAGAGGUGGAUGAUGCCAGCGAGACGGACGAUAACUCGUUCGCCUUUAUGAAGUGGGACUUUGAAAACGGAGAGACUUUAGAUGAUCCUCAAAAACGAACUAUAAAGAAGUUAAUCAUCGCAGCAAAGCUGAAUGCGUCUUUAAAAAGCUUUGAGUCCGAAAAGAAUCAGGUGUACGAAAACCUCUCGGAUGAAGUGAAAAUAAAGGAGCAGCUGACAGAAUGUAUUAAAAACCUUCAGAACACCAAGCAGACCUUGGACUCUGAAAAUAAACAUCUCGAGAGCGAGGUGGAGCUGCUGAAGCAGAGAAUUAGCGUCAUGUCCGAAAUGUAUCAAGAGAAUGAAACAAAACUGCACAGGAAACUUACUGUCCAAGAAAAUGAGCGGAUUCAAAAACAGGAGAAAUUGUCUAAAGUGGAUGAAAAAAUAAAUUUAGCGACCGAGGAGCUUAAUAAUGUCAAGACCCGCGUAAAGCAGUUGGAAGAAGAGAUCGAGAAGACAGUUUCGUCCUACCAGAGCCAGGUUUCAUCGUAUGAAAAGAAAUCUCAUGAUAACUGGCUCAUAUCAAGGGCAGCAGAGAGGAACCUGAGCGACCUUAAAAAAGAAACCGCUCAUCUUAGACAAAAAUUAACAGAAGCUGAAUACAAGAUGGAACUUCUUGAGAAGGAUCCGUUUGCCUUGGAUGUCAUCCAUACGAUCGGCAGAGCUUACGCAGAUGUUUAUAUAAACCACCAAGAGAGCUCACCGUACGGACCUUCUUACCUCGGCCGUCAUCCAGAAAACCGGACCUUUCUCUCUCCUCCGACGCUUUUGGAUGGCCCCCUGAGAAUCUCCCCCAUGCUUCCAGGAGGCGAAAGAGCAAUGAGGUCACCUGGGUAUUACCCGGCGUACCCGGGAGCCAAAGAGCAAAGGGAUAUGAACGCCGACAGAAGAUCAGAUCAUCACAGAACGCUGUCGGAUUCGGGGUCCCUGUCGCCAACGUGGGAGGUAGAAAAUAAACCCGGCGGCCCCCCAUCAGAGCCCUUUUUCCCGCCACGACGACCAGAAAGGUUUUAUCAUUACCCCCCGCCGCCGCCGUCUGGAAGAUUCUCCGGCCCCGCGGAACUGACUAGAAACCCAGGGAGACCUUUCACGGACUCGGCAGAUGGCCGGUCUUCCCCAGAACAUAAAUCGAGCAGGAACGGAUCUGAGGAGAACGACCAGAACCUGCCCAGUCAGCCACCAGCUAAGGAAGGUGAAGCAAGGGAAGGACCACCUGUGGGAUACACCCCACCACCUCAAAUGAGGGUCCCUUUGUUACCAAUGGACCCUAGAGUUCCUUACUUCAGGAGACCUUUUCCAAUGCCACCACCUCCGGUGGAGAUGUACGGACCUCCCGGUUAUCCGGGGAUGCCACCCGUUCAUGCCACAAUGGGACCUCCCAUGCCACCGCAGCAUUACCCGGCUCCCUUCCCCAUGCACCGAGAACCGUUCUUCCCUCCGCCGCAUCUCAGACCGCUAUCGAGAAACGACCUUCCUCCAGCAAACCCAACUCCCCCACCUCCUCCCGCUGGCGAAUCCAGGACGGACUCCACUCCGGAACCCAAACCUUGAUGCCGAGUCUUAAAAAAACAAAAA